AUGCCUCCACGACCUAGCCGUCGGGAUAGGGUGCGGGCAUUUUUCACAGAGAUUUCCAGUAUUCGUUCUAGGUCAAGGACUACCAGCCCAGCACCUCCACCUCCUCAUUCUCCUUAUCUUCCUCCUCCGACCAGAGUAGUACAGGUGCAGUCUUUACCUUCUCAAAGUCUAUCCCCGACACUCCCUGCUCCACCUCCAUCUACUUCAAUUACAAUUGCAAGCCCACCUCCAAUAGUUACAAUAACGUCUCCAUCGACUCUACCAAGCCUAGCUACACCGGCACUACCUCAAUCAGUACAAUCGCUACCUGUAGUAAUCGCCACACCACAACCACAACCACAACCGCCAAUAUCACCUGGCCUGGCGGAAAAUCUUGCUUUCGUAGAGGCGUUGAAGAUGCAUAUUGACACACUAUCCCCCGAAGAGCAACUGCAAUUUAAAGCUGGCAGCACCACUAUCACACCCGAAGCACUGAUAUCCCAAACCAGAAAAUACAAUGAGACUCACAACCACACGAGUCGCUCCCGGCAGUGUGCAUCACGGGUCGAAGGAUUCCUGAAGGCGGUCGAUGCAUAUUUAAAGCCAUUAUCGAUAAUGAUCGGGCACAACCCUCAGGUCUCAUCACUCGUUAUCAGGGCCGUAAGACUCACUAUGCAGGGUCAUUUAGGGUACCUCGCCCAAUACGCAGUAAACUUUAGUCAUUCUAAGAAAGUGCGAGAGGCUUUAUCUUCCGCUUAUGGCGAUUUAUUGAGUUUUUGUACGGGUGCACGGAAUGUCUUUGUCGAUAGCCAAGGAAACGAGAGUCGUUGGACGUCAUUCCGGAUUUUCUUGAGGACCACAUUAGAACCAUUUGAGUAA